GAAAAAUAAUUGGGUUGAUUAAUAUCUAACAAUGCAUAUAUUAAACUUAGAAGAAAAUUUGGAAAAAAAAAAAACCAGAAGAACAUUUGGUUGUUUGAAAUUAAAUAAUACCUAUGAAUUUCAGUUAACCACAACUCUUUGCUAGUCUAGCCCUCUGAAAGACUUUCUGAUUUAGUAAGUUAUACCACCAGAAUAAACAUCUUUGCAUAGUGUUAGUAAAAAUUCCAUUGUGGCUUUCUAAAUCGGCAAGAAGGAAUUAGACUGCAUUAGUUAUUCAUGGUUUCAGUGACAUAUGGAUGAAGGAUUCCCCCGCCCCCAAGUUUCCUUUUGUUUUACUUCUAUCACAACUUUCUUAGGAAUAGAGAGCAGCAGUUGCUGCCUUCUGCCUGCUUAUGACCUCAGCUGAGGCUGUUUGGAGAAAUCAAAUUCCAGGAGAGUCUGAGAUCUUUCUUGAAAGCUCUUAUUGAUUUCAAUAUUCAUGCUACUGUAAUAAAAAUAGCAGGUAAUGUGAUUUGAAGAUGCCAACCCCUUGGCAAACGUGCUGCAAUAAAAAGUCCAGAACUGAGAAUGCAAAAGCUGAAAUGGACAAUAUGGCAGAGACAAGUGAAAAAAUGCAGAUGAAAAAAAAAAUCACACUACUAAAUGGAGUUUCUUUAAUUGUAGGGAACAUGAUUGGCUCUGGCAUAUUUGUAUCACCCCGAGGUGUUUUAAUGUAUAGUGCUUCCUAUGGACUCUCAUUGAUCAUCUGGGCUCUUGGUGGGAUUUUUUCCCUGUUUGGAGCUUUGUGUUACGUUGAACUGGGAACAUCCAUCAUGAAAUCUGGAGGCAGUUAUGCCUAUAUUCUGGAGGCAUUUGGGGCCUUUGUGGCCUUCAUCAGACUCUGGUCUUCCUUGCUAAUUAUCGAACCAACAACUCAGGCAGUGAUAGCAAUCACAUUUGCUAACUAUAUUGUUCAGCCAAUUUUCCCCCACUGUGAGCCACCAUAUGACGCUGUCAGGUUGAUUGCAGCUGCAUGUAUAUGUUCCUUAACAUUUAUUAACUGUGUUAAUGUAAAGUGGGGUACUCGUGUACAAGAUGUUUUCACAUAUGCAAAAGUCAUGGCUCUUAUCUUGGUGAUAUCUGUUGGCCUUUACAAAAUUGGCAAAGGGGAAACUGAAAACCUGAGAGCUCCGUUUGAGGGCUCCACAACAAACCCAGGGAUGAUCGCCCUGGCUCUCUACUCUGCCCUCUUCUCCUACUCAGGAUGGGACACGCUCAACUAUGUCACCGAGGAAAUGCAGAAUCCUGAGAGGAACCUACCUCUUUCUAUUGCAAUUUCAAUGCCUAUUGUAGCUAUCAUUUACUUAUUGACUAAUAUAGCAUAUUAUGUAGUGUUGGACAUGUCAGCUCUCCUCACAAGUGAUGCAGUGGCUGUGACAUUUGGAGGUGAAACCCUUAGUCAUGCCAAGUGGAUAAUUCCUAUAGCAGUGGCCAUGUCUUGCUAUAGUGGCUUAAACUCAUCAAUUAUUGCAGCAUCUCGGCUUUUCUAUGUUGGAGCCAGGGAAGGACAUCUCCCUGUCAGUCUGAGCUUGAUUCACGUGAAGUGCUUCACACCAGUCCCUGCUCUCCUGUUCAACGGCUUAAUGACUUUGCUUUAUCUCCUUGUGGAAGAUGUUUUCCUCCUUAUUAAUUACUACUGCUUCAACUACUGGCUCUUUGUGGGUCUGUCUAUUGCAGGACUAAUAUAUCUGAGAUAUACUCAGCCACAUAGACCACGGCCUGUUAAACUUAGCCUCUUCUUCCCUAUAGUAUAUUGUUUGUGCUCACUAUUCCUGAUUAUAGUGCCUCUCUACAGUGACACAAUCAAUUCCCUUAUUGGCGUUGGUAUUGCCCUCUCAGGCAUUCCCGCAUAUUAUUUGGGAGUCUAUCUGCCAGUUGAAAAACGACCUAAAUGUCUACUUUGGCUCUCUGCUACAACAACGAAGUACGUUCAGAUGCUCUUCUACUGUGCUCUGUCAGACCUGGACAUAGACGUGGAACCCACAACAGCUAAGAGUAAAUAGAGUUGCCUCAACAUUGAGAAUUGUGCCUUGACAUCUCCUGUCUGGAACAAUUUUUAUCAUCUGAAGUUCUCCUCAUAUAUGCAGUCAUACUAGAGCACUAACCCCUGUACUGUGCAUCAGUUUGAUGUCAGUUAAGUUGUGAUGGUUUUAUAAAACACUCUGUUUUCCAGGAUUUCCUUUUAAAAUUCUGUUUGUUAAUAGUGAGUUAUCAUGUAACAUGCUGAAACUAUAAAGCACUUGGUUGGAAAGGAUGAAAGUUUGACAAGAAAGUUUCAUAGAUAUGUAUGCUUGGCAGAAAGCUCUUUGUAGAACCUGAGAACGAAAUAGAGAUGGAAGCAAGUUUUGAUAUAGAAGAACAAUAGAUGUCUAAAUUGACAAUUGCUGAGCCAGUAGUUACUGGACAACUAAGAAAGCAAAGGUUAAGUCAAGUUGAAAGGGUGUUGUAUGACUAGAGCAAAGGACAUGUUGACCACAAAGAAAAAGAUGCUUUUACCAAGCAGAAACAGGUCUUAGGAAAAGGAGAAAGAUACCCAGGUGAACAAGCAUGCCAAUGUGGCAAGUAGAAAAAAGGUCUAAGAAUUUUCUGCUGCAAGAAAACUGAAAUACUUUAAGCUUAAACUGUAACAUACUAACUGAUGUGAUUGGAUAGUAUUGACCAUAAUAUGGUAAUGAUAGUAGUUAUCAUAGACUAUAGGUAAUAGUAAAGGUUAUGUAUUAAAUUGCUCAGCAAAGAAAAAUAUAUAAUGCAUUGCAACCAAAACUAAAGGGUCUUCAGGCUUGUCUAUAGCUGGAGCUGACAGCUGUAGGCAUGGCUCUGUCACCCACAACCCAAGACUGCUUUAAAAUCUCAUAUACAAAUAAACAGCAUUUUGAAGAGCCA